AAUUUCGCCACACACCAUAUCCCAAAAUGUCCGUCAACAGAAGAGAGGGGGGAAAUGUGAAAAUUUCAAGAAUGACAUUGGGAAGUUGCAGAAAAUGAAGUCCUUUUUUCCACCUUUUCUUUCCCAUUUUCAUUUUGUCCUUUACGAUUCUCUCUCUUAAAACGCAAUCUCAUUAGUUUCUCCUGAAGCGGCGUUCUGAUCCAUUUCCAUUAUCGAGUUUCUUCCCAUUUGGCUAACAAUGGCGGAGGAAGUGAAGCUGUUGGAUUUUUGGCCUAGUAUGUUUGGGAUGCGAGUCAGAGUAGCCCUGGCUCUGAAAGGCGUGCCAUACGAAUAUGUGGAUGAAGAUCUGAGGAAUAAGAGCCCUUUGCUUCUUGAAAUGAACCCGAUUCACAAGAAAAUCCCUGUUCUUAUUCACAAUGGAAAACCCAUUUGUGAAUCUUCCAUUAUUGUUCAGUAUAUUGAUGAAUUUUGGAACCAUAAAGCUCCUCUGUUGCCGUCUGAUCCUUAUGAAAGAGCUCAGGCCAGAUUUUGGGUGAAUAUCAUCGAUAAGAAGCUUUUUGAUGGUGGAAGGAAAAUUUAUUGGACAAGCAAAGGAGAGGAGCAAGAAGAAGGUAAGAAGGAGGUAAUAGGAAUAUUGAAGCAGCUUGAAGAAUUAAUUGGGGAAAAGCCUUAUUUUGGAGGUGAGUGUUUGGGAUUUUUAGACAUUGUUUUGAUUGGAUAUUACACUUGGUUUUAUGCCUAUGAGGCCAUUGGGAACUUCAGUAUUGAGGCUGAGUGUCCAAAGAUAAUGGAUUGGGUGAAAAAAUGCUUACAAAAUGAGAGUGUUUCUAAGUCCUUACCAGAACCCAAGAAGGUUUGUGAGUUUGUGCUUCAAAUGAAGAAAAAGUAUGGGCUUGGCUAAACCCAAACUGUUGCAGCUAGCGCUUGAAGGUUAAUUAAUCAAUGUAUUUUGUAGUGUUUUUUGUUAGUUUUUGUUUUGAUGCUGGAAAAAGGUUUGUUUGCACACUUUGAUGUGUGAGCUUUGAACAUUAUCAAUGUAGUUAGUGAUUAUGAAUAAAUGGUAUGACCCAGCUUUGGUUUCUACAAAA